AUGGUAGCCACACCACCUGCAGGGAAUAUGGGGACUAGCCCAAACCCUAACGGCCCUAAAAGCAGUCUUCCAGCUGCCACCCCUCGCAGCUCCGAUCAAUCGUCUGGCGGGCAGUCCAAGCGCAAACAAGCUGGUCUGUUGGACAAGAAGGCGCUGGAGCUUGAGGAUGAGUUCAAGAUCAAGCAUUUUGGUGUGAUGGGUGUUCUGGCGUGGAUAUUACUCUUGCAUAUCGCCGGGAUUUAUCUGUUCACAAAAGGGUUUCUCCUCACGCGCAUGGUCCUUGAGAACAAAUCAUCAUGCGACGUAUUGCCUUUCGAGGACAUUUUGGCCCAACCACACACAACAGCCCUGGGGAGUAAACAGCAGAAAGGCUGCUGGCAUGAGAAAACCUUUGACAAGGCCGUUGUCAUCAUAGUCGACGCCCUCCGCUAUGACUUCACUGUGCCAUUCGCGUCGAAGGGAGAGAGUGACACAGUCCACCUCUUCCACAAUAACAUCCCUGUCCUCUAUGAGACUGCAGUGCAAAACCCCGCCAACGCCUUCCUCUUGCCAUUCAUCGCGGAUCCCCCGACAACUACUCUAAACCGCUUGAAAGGUCUGACCACCGGAACCCUACCCACCUUCCUGGAGGCAGGCUCCAACUUCGCUGGAACCGCCAUCGACGAGGACAAUCUUGUCGCACAGUUGCAUAGCGCCGGGAAGAACCUGGUUCACCUUGGCGACGAUACCUGGCAGGCGCUGUUUCCGGGAUACUUUGAUACCAAUCUCACGCAUGCGUAUGACUCGUUCAAUGUCUGGGACUUGCACACCGUCGACAAUGGCGUCACGGAGCAUCUCUUCCCGCUCCUCCAGCCGGAGAACAGCAAGAAAUGGGAUGUUAUCUUUGGCCAUUAUCUCGGCGUAGAUCAUGCAGGUCAUCGAUAUGGUCCUAACCAUGCUGCCAUGGCAUCCAAGCUCCAGGAAAUGGACCGUGUCAUUCGCGAUAUCAUUGCUGCGAUCGAUGAUAAGACUCUUCUUGUCGUUAUGGGAGAUCAUGGGAUGGACAUUAAGGGCGACCACGGCGGCGAGUCUGAUGACGAAGUUGAGGCCGCGUUGUGGAUGUACUCUAAGCGUGGCAUCUUCGGACGCACAAGCAAAGAUACGCUCCUCCCGCCCCAAUUCGCGCGCGACAGAUUUGUGCCUCAGAUCGACCUCGUUCCGACGCUGUCUUUGCUCCUUGGAAUGCCCAUCCCGUUCAAUAACCUAGGCUCGCCUAUUGAAGAGGUUUUCUCCGGCCCACGUGGGAACAACUGGGCAAACUUGGCGACUGUCAACCGUUUGACUGCAGCCCAGGUUAAGAGAUAUCAGCACGAAUAUGCGCUUGCUAGAGGAGCUGGUGAUGAUGAAGAGUCGGCUUUGCUCUGGACUGCUGCAGAGGAGGAGUGGAAGUCUGCUUCCAAGGGCUUUUCAUCCAAGUCGACCGCUGCUCGCGCUAGCAAUGAACUCUUCCGCAAGUAUCAGCGUCAUACUCUUGAUAUCUGCCGUGGAUUGUGGGCUCGAUUCGAUGUCCCGAGCAUGAUCCAAGGUGUUGCGAUUCUCUUUGCUAGUAUUGUCUUGUUGAUCAUCUAUGCCCGAGGCUUGAAGACAGAUCGAACCCAACUCACGUCUCGUUUGCUUCAAUUCGCAAGCGUGGGUGCUGGCGUUGGCGCCGUGGUCGGUUCUGCAUUCGGCUUGACUGGUCUGACCGAGAUGUCUAUGGUCGAUGGAGCCGUGCUGCUGGCUGCUGUUGGAAGCAUCCUCGGAGCCACGCCGGCUCUCGUCAAGAGGCCUGCAAACCUGACCCUGCCUCUUCCGAACGGCAUGUGGGGAUGGCUUGCGCUUUUCUUUACUGUUUCUCAGUCUAUUGGAUUUUCCUCGAACUCGUACACUAUUUGGGAAGACGAAAUUCUUCUGUUCUUCCUCACAACAUUCGGCGUGUUCGCGGGUGUCUCAUCCAUGCGACAGAAGCAGACCACGGACCGAAUCCUGGGUGUGUACCACUCCAUUCUCUUCGUGACCUUGGGCCGAGUCGCGUCUUUCUCCCGCCUCUGUCGUGAAGAACAGAUGCCCUUCUGCCGCUCCACGUACUAUGCUUCAUCGACUUCUUCCACCUCCGCCCCCUGGCAGCUUGCCAUUCCUUUCCUGGUCACGCUCUUCCUGCCUAGUGUUGUGCGGUCCUUCUACGCCGGCUCCAAAUCCUAUGAAGGCGCCGCAUCGCUAUGGAUCGGCUUUGCCUUCCGCUUCGGUCUCUUCAUCACCUCCCUAUUCUGGAUUCUCGAAGGUGCCGACGAUGGCGAGUGGCUACCCGUAAGCAAGGAAACCCUCAAGUUCGUCCGCGUCUUCCUAGCGCAGUUCGUCCUCGCCCUCGCGCUCUUAGCAGGCACCGCAGCAUACUUCUAUUCCAAGCCCUGCGUCAGCAUCAACGUGAGCAAACCCACCGAAGAUCCCAACAGCCCACCGACCCCUAUAGUCGCCGGCCAGCAACAAGGCCCACGAACAACGGUCACAAUCCUUGGCUUCGGUAACGUCUACGGAACCAACUUCUGCUUCCUACUCAUCAACUUCGCUCUCGCCAUCAUCCUCAUGCAGAAGCCAAUGGGCCAAGGCGCCAUCGCCCUCCUCCUCUGGCAAAUCCUCUCUCUCCUCGAAAUCCUCGACACAAACAGCCUAACCAUGUCAAACUCCUCCAUCGGUCCCGUCAUCCUAGGCGUGCUCGGUUCUUUCUACUACUUCAAAACAGGCCACCAGGCCACCCUCUCCAGCAUCCAGUGGGAAACAGCCUUCAUCCCUCUCACAUCAAUCCAAUACCCCUGGUCCCCACUACUCGUCAUCCUCAAUACCUUCGGCGCACAGAUCCUGGCUGCCAUCGCCGUCCCCCUCACCGUCCUCUGGAAACGUCCCCUCCAGACUCACGACCGUGUCCCAGCUUCAAACCCGAACAAGAACCCAGCCACACGCAUCCUCUCCGAUGUCGUACAGGCUGCUGGAACCCAUAUCCUCUACUUGGCGACUAUUAAUCUCGCCACGACUAUGUGGGCUGGCCAUCUCCGUCGCCAUCUCAUGCUCUUCCGCAUCUUCAGCCCUCGCUUCAUGAUGGGCUCGGUUGUGCUGGCUGUUGUUGAUGUCGUCUUGAUGGUGGUUUCUGUCGGUGGUGUGCGCUGGAGUACUCUCAGUGUUGGUGAGAUCUUUGGUUGGUGA